AUGACAUUUGAUGACAAAUUAGGAAUGCAGGUUGCCUUCGAGGAGGCCAAAAAGGGAUUCGAGGAAGGAGGUGUCCCUAUUGGAGCAUGUCUGCUUACCGAGGAGGGAAAGGUGAUUGGUCGUGGCCACAAUAUGCGUGUUCAGAAGUCAUCUGCCACUCUUCAUGGUGAAACAUCAUGUUUUGAGAAUGCCGGAAGAUUGCCUGCUUCUGUUUACAAGAAAUGCACGCUUUACACCACUUUGUCUCCAUGCUCUAUGUGCAGUGGUGCAGCGUUGUUGUUCAAGAUUCCAAGAAUUGUUCUUGGAGAAAACGAGACGUUUGUUGGUGCAGAGAAGUGGCUUGAGAGUAAUGGAGUGGAAGUUGUGAAUGUGCAUAACAAAGAGUGCAAAAAUCUCAUGGAUAGGUUUAUUAAGGAGAAGCCAGAGGUCUGGAAUGAGGAUAUUGGCGAGUAA